CAUCUCAGAACACCUCGAAGAGUAGGGGUACGUGAAGAAGCCAGUGAAGUGCAAUGAAGAUAAUUGUAGUUCUUCCGUUACUCCUAGUGGCUGCGUACGCUUACGCCCAGAACGACCUUAACGAUGACGAUGAUGGCAAAAAUGACAGCCCGCUUAGCUUGAUACAACAGGAAUUCGGCGAAAAGCCGAGACGCAAAAGUACUUCCUUCUCUAGUUCACCAUCCUUGUCAGGGAGUGCAUCAUCAAGCGGAACAUCGUCAGGGCCUUCAUCAUCGCCUGCUUCAGACUUUUCUCCAUCGGCGAAUUUUCCCUCACCAACUUCAUCAUCGAAUCCCUCAGCGUUAUCGUCGCAGUCUAGCCCUAAAUAUGAUACGGGCUUUUCAUCCUCGUCAUUUUCUGAUUCUACUCCACCCACUCCAGAAAGCCUUGAGUCAACGACAAAUUCUCCAUUCGGUGAUCCCACAACAGCAUCCCAGUCAAACUCUGUCGUUGGUUCAGACAAUGAUCUUCUUCCGCCGCGCGGAACUUCAUCAGACCAUGGAGGCACUUCUGAUCACGAUACAUCAGGUCGUAUCCCGGAGAUAACACGACGCUCAGACCAAGUUAAACCAUCAGCAUUUGUUGAUGAUCGCACUGCUGAACUUCUCUACCGCCACAGCUAUGGUGGUAUCCGCGACCGUUCCGGUCUGCUGCCCAUUGACCUCUCAUUUGCUAGCCGCCUUCAUGCCCUUUUGCCUCCGGUUUCUCGAAACAACGAAAACCGUUCCUCGCGCCCCUUUAACUUCGCUUACGUGUCACCUACAGAAGCCGGUGGCGCACAUGCGCACUCCGAGGUUGCCGAUGUUGGGGGACGCAGGGUUGGUUUCUAUACGAUCCGUCAGCCAAACGGGCAUGUCAGACGGGUUAACUACAUUGCAGACCACAAUGGUUUUCGGGCGGAGGUUCUCACGAACGAACCUGGAACAGAUAAUCAGAACACGGCAGGAGUUAUCUACCGUUCGUCAGCUGCACUUCCCUAUCCCGAGCGGUACUCUCCGCCUGGGGUGCCGCCGUCUAGUUUAACCCCUGCUAACAUCCCUGUUUCGACGCCAAUAGGCACUACGGUUCAUGGCCUACCCAGCCCUCUUUCACCAAUCUCUCCAUUGUCCUCGUUAGCUGUUACUCCGACCGGUCUGCCCCUUUCGCCUUCAGAGGUAGCUCGACCAAUUAAUCCACUACGUUACCCAACCGCCGCAGAACUAGAAAAUCGUUAUCGCUUCCCAUCUGGUAGCUUAUUUCCUGAUCUACGAAUGCGUUAUGUACGUAUUCCAGACGGGUUUCGUGCUGUUCUUGUACCUCUUCAUUCAUAGUAAGAAGUACUUUUAUGGUAUUUCUAACCAAGGGCUAACGUUGUAUAUAAAACCAAGCGUAUUUCGAAACCAUCACUGAACCUAUGUAUAAGAAUGAGCUUGUCAGUAGCAUCUGUGUUCAUAAAUGCAUAUAUCUUAACGUCGUUUCUUCUAUACAACGUUAGUAAACACCGAACUGACCAAAACGAAUUAAGACGGAAGAACAUAUGUAGUCAUAUAACAAAUGGUUGAACAUCUAAUCCACUUACGUCAUUUGUGCUUUGCUCUGUUAGCGCACCAUAGGAUGAGACUUCUACGAUAAAAAUUUAGUUUCAUUAUAAGCAAUAUAAUAAUGAAUGCUACGCAAUACAGCUUCUGCUUCAAAUUUAUUGAAUGUAUUCCAGCAACUUUAUCAGUUUAUCUUGAGAAAAGUGACAGGUGUUCAACUACCGCAACUUUCAAAAUAUACACCACUAGCAAACAACAUAUUCUGCCUACAUUCAGCGUUUAUGCUUAUCUUAAUAACGAGGCUGUUCAAAGACUAAAGCGCACUUAAGGUGUAAUUGACCAACUAGCUAUAUAUACAAACCUCCGUACAAGCAAUAACCAAGAUCACAUACAGCACACAUCACCAUUAUUGUGGCCACAGUAGGGGCCGGGGUAAGAUAAUAUGGGUUGCCAAUUAAACAGAAUCAUAAAAUAAAUGUAUGUACUCCAUAAACUCAUAAUACUUUUUUUGACCUAUUUUCUUACCAGAGCUAGAUUUGUAUACAUACACAGAAUGAUUAGAUAAAGAGAUUUCAAUUUAUCUCUCAAACGAGGUUUGCUGAAAUAAAUGCAACAGCAAACGUUAUCAGUAAAUUCAUGGCAAAUAUUAUGGUAGGAUCCGAUUGUUUUGGAUUCUAAAAUUUUCGAGAUCUCAACACUGAUUGCCAUUCUAUUUUGAAAUAGUAAUUAAACAGGUUUUAGUCCUCAUGAAUUUGACUGGUUUUUAAUAUCAUUUCCAAUAGGCUUUCACUUAACUAGAAAACAUGCACAUGUAACCACGUUAUAUAUGCACACGGAUUAAGAACGGCUUCGAAAUUACUUGCGAUUGGAAUUGUGCCAACGCGCUAAAAUUAGCCCGAAUGCUGGUCUGCAAAAAAAUAUAGCCUAUAGUUACGUUUCUAAAACAGAAUCUUACACGUAGAGGUUUAUCAUUGUGAGAACACAACAUAGCUUCUAUAAAUUCCAUGACAUGAUCUAACAUAAAGAGGAAUACUAAACAAAUCUUUUUCUAUCGGUAAACACUGGAGAAGAAAGUAGGGAUUACUAUGUGUUCCUGUUUGACUAGAAUAAUAUAAAAUGUAAUGAUAAUAUAUUUCAUCAAAAGAUGUGGAUAUAUCGCGAAUUUCUAAAAGAAUCAUAAUAAUAAGUAAAAAAUCAUAAAGAUAAUAAUACCAAAGGAAAAAGGAUACUUUAGAACUUAAAACACUUGUAGAGACUUAUAUUUAAUUUGAUGGAAGUCACACGAAGUGUAUUACAUGUGUCCCUUUCACAGUGCGAAAACACACACGUAUAUCUACCACAGCAUAUGUUACAAGGUUUUUAUAAGGUGUGCAAUACCAAAAUCGUAAAUUAAAGACCUAAGCAUAAGUAUUUAGGUUUAUUUAAACAAUACCUUCCAAGGAUGGAUUUGAGUUCUCAGAGUAAACAUGAAGCGCGAGUUUUUUUGAAAAAUGACUCCAAUACUUUAAACAUUAAACCUGAAAACGAUCCCCAAUGAGUUAAGAAUAUGUCAGUCAGAGAAGAUUUGGGCCUACUUCGUGAGCAUUUCUUACGGAUAUUCUCAUGUGACAAGCAUGCAGAACAACACAAUAUAAAACUUUAAAUAUAUGUAACUAAAAUAAGCAUCCUCUUUAGAGGCAGAACCAGAGAAUGCCAACGCUGAAAUAUCACUAUUUUGCAUUAUUAGAAUGUGCUUGCUGUCACAAUUAAGGCCUAUGUGUGUUAAUCCAUAAAUUAUGCAUCGACUAAUAAAGGCAAAACUUUAU